AUGGCCAAUCGAGGUGGUCGCACUCGUGCUUGCAUGGUGUGCUCUAUCGUUCAAACUGCCACUGAAUUUUAUCGCAACGGUUGCCCAAACUGCGAAAACAUCCUGAACCUUCGAAACUCCCAGGACGCCAUUCAAGAAUGCACCUCUCAAGUAUUCGAAGGACUCAUCUCUCUCGGCGAUCCAAAGACAUCUUGGGUGGCAAAGUGGCAGCGCCUUACAAAUUAUGUGCCGGGAAUCUACGCAGUCAAGGUGGUUGGCCAAUUACCACAAGAGAUACUGGACGGGUUGGAAGACUCUGGAGUCAAAUACAUACCUAGGGAUGGCUCUUCGAUCGAAGAUGAUGUUGCUGCUUGA